AUUAACUUAUUAAGGUAGAAAAGGUGAUUAGUGCACUUUCUUUUUCCAAGGUAGGUUUUCGCCUUAAAUUUUGCCAUGUUAUGUUGAUAUUAUCUGAAUUGGGAAAUAUUCCUCCGUGAAGCAUGGAGUCCCCUGGGGGUCACAUACUACACUGAUAUAGAUAUAGUCCAUAUAUAGAUUAAAAGCACAUCUCCACAUCAAUUCAAAACAAAAGAAAAUCUUUAAAGAAUGUGCCUUUCAGAAUAAAAGCACUGACCAACUGGUGUCAGAAAUGUUACCAAAACCUGUACAUUGUACAAAUUUAUUUUUUCUGAGUUGUUACAAAAAAUAAUUAGAAACCCAAUAUAAAAUCAGAUAUUAUUACUUUUUUCCGUUGUGGAACACCUGAUAUAUUAAGCCUUUACAAACCCUUCAAAUUAAGCUCAUGCUCAAACUUAGGACACAACCUGUGACGCAGUAGACGUGGCUUUAUUUACAAGUUAUUUACACUUAUUAGUGGUUGAUUUUCAGUCUAGUGUCCCCAGCAUACAAAACAUAUCCUAUAGUCUGAUGUUUUUAUAAAAUCAAUUAAUCUGUUCUUCUAUGUAGUGGGAUCAAAAAAAACAUUGCCUUAAAAAUACCUGUAUGUGACCCACUGAACCCUGAUUGUGGAAGUUGACAGUAUUUUAAUCAUGUUUUCCAAGGAGAUCCAUUGUGCAGCUGUUUUGAUGAGUUUGCUUGACCAGUCGCCAUAAUUGACUCCCUCCACUUGAGGGCGUAGUUCUCAGGUAAUUUACCAUUGACGUGCCUCACCUGCCUUGAAUGAUUUCAGAGCUCCUCCCCACUUCUGACAAGCAUGCUUGAGAGUUUCGCUGUUACCUGAGGUUGAUUGUCUGCAGACACGAUGCCUCGUAUGCAGCGUUAUUACCAUGACUUCUUCUACGGUCCCCUGACAGAAGAUGUGGAGGAACUGCUCGCUCGUUUCCAGCAGACUGACUCAGUCAGGUACGAGGAGUUUUCAGCCAUUUGGAGGGAGAUGGGCCUCUCGGAUGUCUUUUUAGGUAUUGCCCGUGUGGGUGAGCUGAAGAGAUUCUGCAGGAUAACGUUGGCUACGGCCGUGAAGUACUUCCUGCCCCCAUACAGCUACCAGAUUCGUGUAGGAGGCUUGUAUUUGAUGUUUGCUUUUUACCACACACAACUUGCAGUUCCACCGUUGAACAUCAGACUCGCUCUGAGGGACUGGGCUCAAGUUAAGAAGUUUCUCAUGGACUCUGUAAACUCGGGGCAUCAGGAUGUGAUUUACAUCUAUCGAAAGCUUGAUGCCGCCAGAGCCAUACACUACACCGCCAUGCCACAUUUUCUCACCUUCCAAAAGCAGAAGAGGCCAAAGAAGGAGGUUGUGUGUGCAGACUUCCUUGGGAGAGCCACAGCCAUCCAGGAGCUCAUGACUGCAGACUUCCUGACGGAGCUUAACAACAUCCAGAGCCACUACGAGAAGCUGAAGGAGGGCACGGUGGAGCUCAGCGGCCAGGUCAGCAUGACCCAUCGAGACUUAUCCACCCACCUGAAGGACCGCAUGUCAGAGUUCAUCACUUGGCAGCAGAAGACCUUCUCACAGGAUACCAAAGACAAGAACUCUGGCGAUGAUGAGGAGAAGCCUACAGAGGCCGAGGCCAGCAGCAGCAGGGCCAGGCUCCUGUCCUCCAUCAAGCAGAAGAGCUACAGACACUUCCAAGAGGUGUCCAAGGCCAGGAGGCACCGACAGGCCGAGACGGUGGAGUCCUGCAGCUCAGGAGCGGAGGAGGCCCCGCAGCGGAAAAGGCCUCCCUCACUGCGGGCUCGGACCUGGAAGAGUCUUGGGGUGAUGCAGGAGGAGAGCACCGUCCAGGCCUGGCUCCUGAGUGCUCCUGAGCAGCUGGAGAAGGUGAUGAUGAAGAGGACCAACCAGGCAGCACCUUGGAAACCAUGAAGGGAAGGUGGGAAGGCAGGAAGCUGAGAAGAAAGAAAGAAGUUUGGUUUGUUUUUGUUUCUCCACGUUAAAGCAAGUUGGCUUCAUUUGGAAAAUGACCCUUUAAUGUGAUUAUCAGCUUGGUUCAAGGGGAUUUUCCUUCAUUGUGUUUCUGUCCAGGUACUGUGAAUUUAACUGCAAAUCCUGUAAUUAGUUAAUAAAUGUAUUUCACAAUUAA